AGUGAAAGUUACGAAACUGAGGAGAUGUCUUCUGAGGAAACAUUGAGCGUUGGGGGGAGCGAGGAAGUGAGGGCGUUGGAGUAUGGUGACAUGGGUGUGAAGUGGGAGAUAGAAUUGAUAGAUGUUAUGAUAUUGGGGCAAACAUUGUGUCUGAGGCCUGUUGGAGUGAAGGAGAGGGCAUGCUCUAUACCCCAAGAUCAUUGGAUGCUUGUGUAUGCCCAUUAUUUGGCAGUAGGGCUUAGCUUAAAUAGUGAUGAGGAGGAAGAGGUGGAGAAGUUGGUGAAGAAGGGAGGUGAAAUCUUGGAUAUCAUGUACCUCACCAGCUCGGAUGUCAUAGACGUUGCUGAGCUCUAUGGGCCAAACUCAUUGAGUGAAGUUGAGAUGGACAAAUUUUUGGGUGCUGUUGGUGGGAUGGCCAUUCCCAAGAAGCCGAGGAAGAAGCAAAGACUUGUGAGACUACUAAGUGAAGAAAUGGAUCCAGCUCAGAAGAAGAAGAAGAAAGUGGCAAAGGAGGAGGUUAGGGGGGAUGAGGUAGUGGAGUUUGUACCUCGGCCACCUCCUGUUGAGCUUGAUCUUGUGCUUAGAAAGAUUGGGGUUACAACCCAUGGCAAGGUGGAUCGCUGUCGAGUAAGGGAGGAAGUGCUGAUUUAUGGAGGGAGUUCAGUUGUGAAGCAUGCUCUUAAGCUAUUGGUGCAUAAUGGGAUGGAAGAGCACAUUGCCAAUUUCUUCAACUCUAGUUCAUUUGACAAUAUUGUCAACCUCUACCGGCUGUCUACCGCGAUCCUUGCCUUCACUGAUUACGGAAAGAAGGUGAAAGUUGAGUAUCUCAAAGUGGAUGUAAUGAAGAUCACCUUCGAAGAACAAGAAGAAGAAGUGGAGGAGAACAGUGAAAUGGAGGAAGGGGAAGUAGAGGCAGAAGGUACUGAAGUUGAGGAGAGCCAACCACCUCUUAUAGUGGAGACCCAUCCAGUUCCCUUCAAAGAAGUGCAGCCACCUCUUCCUAUAGAUCAACAGCCACCUCCCCUAGCAGAGUAGCUAGGGUUUUAUUUUUAUUUUAUGUUUUGAGUUAGAAUUGGAACAAUUUGUUGAUUUUAUGUUGAACAUUUUUGUAAUGUUUUUAAAUCAAUUCAUGGAUUUAUUUGAAGUUUGUUGUAAAAUUUGCUCUGGAUUUUAUUAACAUAAGAACUGAGAUGAAGAUAAUCACAUCAAAUGUGAAGUGAAAUUCAUUAAUAGAAUUGAAAUCCAAGA